AAGGUGGUGGGAGCUGCAGGCGGGACUCGGCGAGGCCCAGGAACUAGAAAUGGACUCAGUGGCCUUUGAGGAUGUUAAUGUGGAGUUCACCAUGGAGGAGUGGGCUUUCCUGGAUCCAUCCCAGAAGAAACUCUAUACAGAUGUGAUGCUGGAAACCUUCUGGAACCUGGCAUCAGUAGCAUGUAUUUUAGAAGAAAAAUGUGAAGACCAUGACAGUGAAGAUCAGUGUGAACAUCAUGAAAUGAAUCUUAGCAGUCAUAUGGUAGAGAGCCUCUGUAAAUGGAAGGAUGGGAGUCAAUUCAGAGAAAACUUCAGACAGAUUCCACAUCAAAAUGAAAGGAAGAAAACUCCUACUGAAAUACAACUACCCACAUCCAGGUUGUGUAGACAAGUCUUCAUGCAUUAUUUAUCCUUUAAUAACCUCAUGAGCUCUGACACUGGACCCCAACUAUACCAGUGUGAGGAAUAUGAAGGGAAGCCUUAUAAAUGUAAGGAAUGUGGGAAAGCUUUCAAGCAUCUCCGAUAUAUUAAUGUACAUGAAAAGAAACACAGUAGAGAAAGGCCCUAUGAAUGUACAAAAUGUGGUAAAGCCUACAGGUAUUUAAGUAACUUAUGUCGACAUGCAAGAACUCAUACUCAAGAGAAAUUCUAUGAGUGUAAGAAGUGUGGGAAAGCCUGGAGUUCUCUCCUCAUAUUUCAAAGACACAUGAUCAAGCACACUAGAGAUGGACCUUUUAAAUGUAAGGAGUGUGGGAAAGAAUUCCGUUGUCCAAGAAACUUUCGACAUCAUGAAAUGAUACACAAUGGAGAAAGGCCCUAUGAAUGUAAGGAAUGUGCUAAAGCCUUCAGUUCUCUCAAAUAUCUUAAAAAUCAUACAAGGACUCAUGAUGGAAAGAAGCCUUAUGAAUGUAAGGAAUGUGGUAAAGCUUUCCGUUAUGCCACUUCCCUUAGAAAUCAUGAAAUAGCUCAUACUGGGGAGAAACCCUAUGAGUGUAAGCAAUGUGGGAAAGCCUUUAGUCGUCUCAGUUACUUUCAAGUUCAUGAAAAAACUCAUAGUGAAGAGAAACCAUAUGAGUGUAAACAAUGUGGCAAAGCUUUCCGUUCUCUCAAGUCCUCUCGAGUACAUGAAAGAACACACAGUGGAGAAAAACCCUACGAAUGUACAGAAUGUGGUAAAAUCUUCGGUUACUCAAGUAGUUUACAUAAACAUUUGAAAACACACUCUAGAGAUAAACCCUGUUAAUGUAAAGAAUGUGGGAGAGCCUUAUUUAUCUUUCAGCUGUGCAAUCACAUAAGAUGCUCCAGAUUGGGGAUGGGCCCUAAAAAAUGUCAGGAGUGUUAGAAAGCAUUCAUUUCUUCCAGUGUAUUCUAUAGAAUGAAAGAACUCACACUGAAGAGAGGCCUUGUCAGUAUAAACAUUGUAGAAGAGCCUUGGGUUGCCCUAGUUCUUUACAAAAUCAUACCCAAGAAUAAGUCUAUGAAUAUAAGGAGUGUGGGAGAGCCUUUCUUGCCGUCCCUUUUCCUUGGAAAGACCAUGAAAAAAAACUCAAAGUGGAGAGAAUUCUAUUGAAUGUAAACGAUGUAGGAAAACCUUCAUUUAGCCUCAUAUCCCCACAAUGCCAUGUGAGUAUGUACACUGAAUAGGUAUUGUAUAAUGCUAGUGAAGACAAACUUUUAACAAAUACUUUCAGAGGAGCUUGUAAACUGCACUGGAAGGCAAUCAUAUUGCUGUAACUAGUACAGCCGUGGGCAAACUACGGCCCGCGGGCCUGAUCCGGCCUGUUUGAAAUGAAUAAAA